AUGAAUUCAUCUCAAGAAUCGCUCUCCUCCAGCAAUGCAUUGAUCCCUGUGUCUUAUGAAUUAGCAAUUGAUAUUGAUCCUUCGAGGACAAAUUUCAAAGGUUCUUUACGAAUUAGUACGAAAUUUAAUAGUAAUAAUAGUGACGACAAUGAUAGCAGAUCCUUUAAGCUUCAUUGUAAGGAUAUCAUUAUACUCUCUGCAAAAGCAGGAAAACAUGGUGAAAAUUUACAGAAUCUCAAAGUUAGUUAUGAUAGACAAGGACAAACGGCUAUUUUCCAUGCUCAGGAACCUUUGAAUGAUUCUGAUGAAAUCGAAUUGCAAUAUGUCGGUAGAAUCAACUCUAUAAAGACUCCUCGUGAUGUGACGACGGGUGUUUUUCAAACUAACUUUAUGGAUCAAGAAACUGGUACUUCUGAUAACUACGUAAUUUCUACCCAUUGUCAACCAACUUACGCAAGGACAAUUUUACCAUGUUUGGAUGAACCGGACGUCAAAGCACAUUUCCAAUUGCAAGUUAAGACAUGGCAAAGAUUUAAAGUCAUUUCUAAUGUUGCAGCAAUCUCGCAUGAGAACCAAGAGGCAAACGACAAAAAUGCUGAUAAUAAUAAUAAUAAUUGGCAAAUUGUCAAGUUUGGUAGGACACCUGCAAUGGCAACUUCGUUGUUUGGGUUCACUAUUGGUGAUUUCGAAUUUAUUUCGACUCAGAUUAAAUCUACCAGUGGUAGUAAAACAAUUCCACUAAGAAUCUUUUCACCAUGGGAAAUCACACAAGCUGCAUUUGCAUUGGAUACCGUUCAGAAAUAUUUACCAAUAUUGGAGCAAUUUUUUGGUCAAAGCUAUCCUUUGGAUAAGUUGGACUUUGUGCUGUUACCAUUCUUAACUGAUAUGGCAAUGGAAAAUUUUGGUAUGAUUUCCAUCCAAACAAGCCACCUCCUCAUACCACCAUCGAUGCUGGCAGACGUAUACACUAGACAACAACUGAUGCAAUUAAUAGUACAUGAACUGGUGCAUCAAUGGGUUGGUAAUUACGUAUCUUUUGAUUCAUGGUGUCACUUAUGGUUUAACGAAUCGUUUGCUACUUUUACCGCCUGUCAUGUGUUAGAAGCUAAUGGUGAUUUACCAAACUAUUGGAAUUCAGACGCGUACCUGUGGCAACAAACUGAGAGCGCUAUCUUACAAGAUCUACGGGCAUCUACUCCUAGCAUCGCCCAAGCGUCUGAAACCGCUGCUAACGCUAGAGAAACGGUGAAUCUUUUCGACCCUCAUUCUUAUGCAAAGGGAAUAUCAAUUUUACGUUCAAUUCAACUGGGAGUUGGCGAGUCGAAUUUCCAAUCUGCAAUUAAAAACAUCUUUAAAGGAGAUAACUUGUUAAACCGUGCUGUGAAACCAAUUGAAAUUUUCCAACAGUUGAAUUCCCAUGAUUGGGUUGAUUUUUUCAAUUCUUGGUAUAGAACUCCAGGUGUCCCACUAUUAACCGUCACGGUAACAGAGGAUGGCAAAAAGACCAAACUAGUUCAGCAAAGAAUGGUUGAGGACUCGAAUGAAGAUGACGAUACCAUCUACCCUAUUUCUUUGUUCACCAAAUUAACCAAUGGUGAAUUGGACAAGAAGCACAUCAUAAUGCCGGAAAAAUCUUUGACUUUAGAUUAUCCAAUUGCACUUUGUAACCACGAUUCCCAGGGGUACUAUCUAGUGUCUUACGAAUCUGCCCAAUGUUAUGAUCAAUUGGGGCAACAGCUGGCACUAGGAAAUCUGUCAGAGAUUGAUUUGGUUAAAGUUUUUAAUGAUUUGUCCCACUUAAUUGGAAAUUUAAAAUAUCAAUCGCAUAUUCACCUACAGGGCCUUUACCAGUUGUUAUCGCAAUUAGCAAGUGAUAAAGUAGAUUUGCAAAAAUUCCCCCAAUAUUGGCAUGGAUUAUCUCAAGGGUUAGAUAUCUUGCAAACUGUUCAACUGGCAAUUAGAACCUAUGGAUCUAACAAUUUGGGUAAAUUUCACGAUUCUAUCGUUGCGCCAUUGGUGAGAAAAAUCUCUUGGCCUCAAGAGACAUUCUCACAAAAUUACAACUAUUACGAAAUCAAGACCAUGUCACAAGUUAUGUUUUUAGCUCAGGAGAUGCCUGAAAUGGUUACCAUAUGUCGCAAAUAUUUCAAACACGUUCUUCAGGGCCCAAAUUACAGUAUCCCCAGCGAUCUUGUCGGUAGCAUAUUGGCGGUAGUUUCCCGUAAUUCAACUACUUUAAAGCAAUACAAGAGUUUAUUCGAAAUGGUUAAAUCCAGCAAGGCUAUUGUCAACCAUGUCUUUGGAUUAGAAGGUGACUCUGAUAAACUUUCAUUGGAGUUACAGAACUAUGCUAUCACAAAUAUGGGAUUUUCCAUCGAUUCCAAUCUAAUCAAUAAACUGCUAAAUUUCGUGGCUACUAAUAUCGAUUCAACGAGUAUUGAAUUAGCAUUGUUCGGCCUUGCCUAUAACGCUAGGUUCCAUCCAACUGGUACUGCCAACAAUAAUGUCCAAAUUCGUGAUAUCGUGGUUGAUUGGUUCAAACGUCACUACGACCAAUGGGCCCAGAGGGCAUUAAAACCGGGGUUUGCAUCUGCAGAACGUAUGAAGAAAUCUUUAUCCAAUAUUUCGAUUGUGGUGUUCCAGAUGUUCGUGGAUACUCCAGAGAGUAUUGACACAUUCGCCCUCAUAAAGCAAAGCAAAUUUGGUAAAGAAUUGGGAGUUUACGAAUUGUGGCAGAUUGUUAAACGUAAUGAAAUGCCAAAGAUGAAAAUUUACCAGUCCAUACUUGGAUUUUAA